AUGGUGGCUGCCCAAAUGGUGGAUGUGAGAAAACACCAGUCAGAAUUUAGAUCGGGUUUAUCAGUAAGAGACAGACAUAACUCGAAAAUGUCACAGCCAACAAGGGAGGAGUCAGAAGUGAAAUCAAAACCAAAGGACAGAGUGUCUACGAUUCCUGAGAUAUCAGCCCUUGCAGACUAUGCCAGAUUAAAAGUCAUUGUUUCAGAAGAUAGAGAAAACAGAAUUCAGGAAUUCCCUCCACACAAAAAAGAAGGAUUCUUUCCACUGAUACGGUCUCGUCAUACCAGACGCCCUUUGUUCUUUGCUGACCCACAAGAGCACUCUAUGAAAGAGAGAAGUGUGCCAAAAAAGACAGAAGCCAACACCAAAGUCAACAAAGAGCCCAAACCUGUUGUGUUUCCUAUUACUGAGAAAGAGUAUCAGCGAACAGGUAUGUUCAAACUGGGAGAGAAGGAAAAACGAGAGAAAAACACUUUUGAUGUCAAAGACCAUGAGCGAGUUCUGGAAAAACAGAUACAAGAGUUCGCCCAAAGAAAAACAACCCAUAAAGUUCACGUUAAAAAUGAGGUACACAGAGAAGAGGUCCCUAAGGUUGGUCAACAAAUAGUGAGUCAACAAAGUAAUAAUCUUAUGCAAGCAGCAAUGUCAUCUUCCUCAAUCAGUAAACCAAGAGAAAGCCCUCAGUCACAACAACAAAAACUCCUUGACACUCCAAAUCCAGAUAAACAAACGUCAGGUUUGAUCACAAUUAAUAAUUUAGUGCUCAUGGAUAAAGACUCUUACACAAAACCCACCCUGGAGCCAGUUUACAAAGAUGGGACUUCGAAAAUUAGAAACGUUAUGAAGAAAGACACAACAGGCGAAACAAAAUCAGAAAAAUCAAGAAAAGAAAAGGUUGAGACUUAUCAAGAAGAGACAAAAGCCAAGCUAGAGGGGAGUGCAAAACAACAGCAAGAAGGAGCUUCCAAGAGAAAGGAAGAAACAAUUGCAGAUGACACGAAAGCUAUGAUAGAGGAGAGGAGAGCUUUCAUAUCAGAAGAGAGAAAACAUGCACAAGGAGAAGCAGCACGUUGGGAAAGACUCAAAGAAACAGCACAAAGAAUGGAGGAGGAAAGAAAGGCAAAACAAAUAGAGGGCAGGGGAACAAAUCAAGCAAAUGAUGAAAGAAGGAUUGAAAGGGAAGGAGAAAACAGACAAAAAGCCCAAGAGGAAAGGGGAGGAAGCGUAUCGGUUGGGGAGAGGAGGAGACUGGAACAGAGGCAGGGAGAGAGAACUGCUCAGGAGGAAGAAAGGAUAAGAGCUGUGCUCAUGGAGGAGCAACGUCGAGCCAAGAGGAGUGAGGAGAGACUUGCGGAGGAAACAAGGAUAAAAACGAUUCAAGAGAUUCAAGAGAACCGGAGAGAGGAGCAGAGGAGAGAAAAGCAGAAAAGAGUCGAACAGAUGACACACAAGAAAAAAGAGACAAGUCGUGCUGCUGAAAAACAGAACAUUAGUGCAAAACUAAGAGAGGAGCAGCGAGCUAAAGGUGAGAGGGAGAGUGCACCUGAAGAGCUGAUAAGAGACGAUGUUGCAGCUAAGAGGGAAGAAGAACAUUUAAGAGCUCAAAGAGAGAAUGCAUCAACGAAGGAGGAGCAGAAACGAGCAGCACUGUUGAUGGAUGCUCUUCAGUACUACACCAUCACCUCUACAGAUGAGAAACCCAAAGAAAGGCAAGCACGCACCCUGCUACCUAUCCAACAAAGAAACAAUCCAUCUUUGCAAAGUGAAGACUGUGGAUCACACAAAAGGUUACACAGGCCUCAAGCUCCACCAUCUCCUGCUCCUUCUCUUCCACGCUCCAAUACUUCCUCCCCUGCUCUUGGAGGCAAACCAUUGAUGUUCAGAGUAAAGGAUAACACUAAAGGUUCUUCUCUCACCAAAUCAGUUAAACCACGCUUUCAUAAGAACUUUGCAGAAGAGUCCAGAGUGGGUUCCCCGAUGGAACGGAGAGCAGAGAGAAGAAAGGAUGAACAGGAGAUAAUAAGGUGUAACACCGGAACUCCCAUCAAUCCUGACGUUGUCAAAGGAUCAACCCGACUCGAAUCCUGUAUCUCUCAGCCCGCAUCUACAACACAAGAGUAUCCAGCUGCUCUCGCACAUCACAGGCCCUUCUCCCGGAGAAGCAUUGCUCUGGAUGAUGAUGACUCUCGAUCGGUCAUCAGUAACAUGUCCGAGGAGGUACAGAGUUUUGCUACGAGUGCAGCUGACGUGGCAGAUUUGAGAGGGCUGUAUGAUUACGAGAGGCCGGUAUCAGCCUGUAGCUUCAGCAGUGAUAUGUCCCGGUUAGGAAAACCUCCAGCUGUUCCCCCAAAGAGUGACAAAGCCUUGCGCAGGGCACAAAGACUCACUACUCGUAGGAUAAGGAAAGAGGUGACACAAAGUGCAGCAACCAACCCUGCAGAGACACCACAACAGGAAGCCUCCAGUAGGCCUGCUGCUGCCCCCACCGAGCUCCGGUGACACAGUACCAUGUAGAGUCAAGCUAUCCCCAGUCCUAUCCACUGACCCAGCGCAAGGUAUUACAAGACCUUGGUUCCGGC